CCUUGAGGAGCCUGAAGUCAGUUGUUGAUAAGAACAUCAUUCUACCCUGCCUUGUGCCAGCUUCCUCCAGCUGAAGACAUUGAUCAUCCCUUGGGGAUCCAGCCCCCCUCCAUUUGGUGCAUGCAGGUGAUGGCGGGGACUGUCCCAUGUGUGAUCCAACCCAGGGUACACUGGUCAUCACUCCACAGAUGAGUCAUUUGCUACUAGCCUUUCCUUACUCCAUCUGACCCCUUCAACUUUAAUGUAAAUGUCACUCCUGGGAUCCUAUCAUUGUGGGAAUUUUUUUUUUUUUUUUGGUAGAAAUACCAUGUUGGAAAGGACAUUUGUCCUCUACUGUUUAAAUUGCUUUCUACGGGUUAGGGAGAACUAGCCAUUGAUUUUCUUCUAGAGAGCAUAGCAAGCCCUGUGAAGAUUUUGGCUAGUUAACUUUUGGAGAAGUGCUUCUUGAAUUUAUCAGGGAGGCUGAAGUCUCUUUUCUCCUCUUAUAUCUUGAAAAAGGCUUUAAAUUUUGGUUCCGAAUCUCUGCCAACACCUGGUCUGUUUGAAAGGAUUUCCCUGGAGAUGAUGGUAGAGGGGCUGUUGAAUGUCAUGUUUUUGCAGCUUCGAUCUUUAAUACAGUUGUCCCAGUCCACAGAAAGUCUUUCCUGUUUACAUAAGAGAAGUAUCAUUCACACAAAGAUUACAUUUAGAAAUAUACAUUUUCCCCCAGCAUGCUUGUUACUAAUAACAUUGCAUGUUAUGAAAGUGGAAAGUAUUUAAGAUGAAAUUAAUUUUCGCCCAGCGUGCCACUUUGUUUGACAUUCUCGAUCCAGUUGGUGUGGAGCACCAAUGUUGGCCUACCUCACUUUGCAUUUUUAGCAAGUUCAAUUUAUUGUUCUUCUUGUCUGGAUUGACGCUGUUGGAAGUGAGUUACUAGCAUAUUAGGACAAGUCCAAUUUGGAAUCCUACUGUGUAGAUUUCUUUUGUAUUGGUUUCCAGAAGUUUAUUUUGAAAAUGAUCAUCUCCAGUAGAUGAGUUUUGCUAUACAAUUUUUCAUUUUCAUUUUUUGGGGGGCCUGAUUUUAUGGGUUCUCUUUUCAGCAGAACUUCUGGGGUUGGGAUAAUUAACAUCUUUUUUUUUUUGGCAGUCUGUCAGAAGGUCCUGGGAAAACAGAUUGCUGCUCUCACGUUGGACACCUCUCCGUCAAAUGUUCUUGUCAGUUCUCAUCGAUGUGGUGUGGCUGCUUGCUGUUUCAUGGGUGGGGGCUGGAGCAUCCAGGACACCCUGAACAACCUGGGUCAUCUUGUCUGGGCCAAGCUGCCUGUGACAGUUCUGUUCCACUGAGCUACAUCGCCAUAGCAGAAGGAAGCAUUUAAGCUGGUGUGACACAAAUACUUUGUAAAAAGUGGUUCUUUAUUUUUGAUCAAUCUUGUGAUCCUUGUUACCAGCUUUGAUUACAUCAGCUUAUGUGCCAUUCAGUUUUAUAGCAUUUUAAUGGGCUUUCAUAUCCCCUCCCCAAUUCAUUUCCAGCCGCGUGACUAUUACAAUUUGAUUGCAGUUUGGUUUUGCAACUGCCAGGACGCUUUCUGAGCAUAUGAUGCCUUCCUUGUGAAUGUGAAGAUGUUCAGAGGCUCGGGGACCAGUUCUACAAGGAAGCCAUUGAGCACUGCCGGAGUUACAACUCACGGCUGUGUGCAGAGCGCAGCGUGCGUCUUCCCUUCCUGGACUCACAGACUGGGGUGGCCCAGAACAACUGCUACAUCUGGAUGGAGAAGAGGCACCGAGGCCCAGGCCUUGCCCCGGGCCAACUGUAUACAUACCCUGCCCGCUGCUGGCGCAAGAAGAGACGAUUGCACCCACCUGAAGAUCCAAAGCUGCGGCUGCUGGAGAUAAAACCUGAAGUGGAGCUUCCCCUGAAGAAGGAUGGGUUCACCUCAGAAAGCACCACGCUGGAAGCCUUGCUCCGCGGCGAGGGGGUUGAGAAGAAGGUGGAUGCCAGGGAGGAGGAAAGCAUCCAGGAAAUACAGAGGGUUUUGGAAAAUGAUGAAAAUGUAGAAGAAGGGAAUGAAGAAGAGGAUUUGGAAGAGGAUAUUCCCAAGCGAAAGAACAGGACUAGAGGACGGGCUCGUGGCUCUGCGGGGGGCAGGAGGAGGCACGACGCUGCCUCUCAGGAAGACCACGACAAACCUUACGUCUGUGACAUCUGUGGCAAGCGCUACAAGAACCGACCGGGGCUCAGCUACCACUAUGCUCACACUCACCUGGCCAGCGAGGAGGGGGAUGAAGCUCAAGACCAGGAGACUCGGUCCCCACCCAACCACAGAAAUGAGAACCACAGGCCCCAGAAAGGACCGGAUGGAACAGUCAUUCCCAAUAACUACUGUGACUUCUGUUUGGGGGGCUCCAACAUGAACAAGAAGAGCGGGCGGCCUGAAGAGCUGGUGUCCUGUGCAGAUUGUGGACGCUCUGGUCACCCAACCUGCCUGCAGUUCACCCUGAACAUGACUGAGGCUGUCAAGACCUACAAGUGGCAAUGCAUAGAGUGCAAAUCCUGUAUCCUCUGUGGGACUUCAGAGAAUGAUGACCAGCUACUCUUCUGCGAUGACUGUGACCGUGGCUAUCACAUGUACUGUUUAAAUCCCCCGGUGGCUGAGCCCCCAGAAGGAAGCUGGAGCUGCCACUUAUGCUGGGAACUGCUCAAAGAGAAAGCCUCAGCCUUCGGCUGCCAGGCCUAGGGCCCUAGGUCACAGAAUGUGACUUGCUGCUGGAGAGGCUAAAGCAGAGACCAGCUCAAACCAGAACGCGCCCUCUUCCUACAUAUCCAGACAGACCAACUGUAAGGAAAAGAAAUAGUCCCAGAGGGGCACGGACACAUGGAACCAAGAGGGCGAGGCAUCUCCUGACCGCCCCCGAUAUGUGCGGAACUUCAGCCAGCACCUCCUUGUUUCUACCGGAAGGAAGUUGCACUUCGGAAGAACACCGCCGGCCCUAGCCCUGUGGAACCCCUUUCACUUUUGCCCUAGCACCAAGGCCCUCUCAUUGGUUCCCAUUUUAAGGGAAGCCAUUUCCUGACCACUCAUCCAUCACUUGUGUGUAGUGUGGUGUUUUUUAUCUAUUGUGUUCCAAGAAAUCUUCGCACAGCCCCCGCCCCCUCCAGCUUAGGCUCUUCAUCCUGAAAUUCUCACCCGAGGAAUAAAGGGCUGUGGAGAAGUUGUUGUUUAUGGCAAGCCUCACUGGAAACUUCUAGACUUGGGGUCUUGCAACCCCUUCUUGUUCCUUGGUGUCUGUGGAGACAAAGAGUUGCCUUCUAGAACCUCAGCAGUGGCAUCCACAGCCAGCCUGGUCUUGAUCCACUGCCUCAAGUUACUAGAUGGGGGCGGGGAGGGAGGGAGAGGCGCUGAGACAUGGGAGGAAGCAUUGCGGAAAUGGUGCCAAGGCCCCGCCAUAGCCAGUCAGUACUUGUUAUCCAUCGGGAGAGACUUUGCAAGGGGCCAGGCUGGUUCCUUGACCUUAGAGCUGGGACAUCCUUUAGGUGAGACCAGCCACAGCCUAUGGACAGAGGAAGACGGUCAAGCCUCUGCCUCUCAGCCCACCUGGGUCUGGAGAACUGGUUCAGCUUCCCCUGGUGGGACUCAAGAACCAGGAAGGGGAGUGAAGGCUGCUCAAUCAUGUGUCUGAAUGCUGGAUACAGGGGGCUGCAGCUUUGAGAAACCUUCAGUAUUGAUGCCACGCUCUGAAUUCCUUUUCCUAAGUAAUUUCUUCUUUCCACGUAGUGUAUGUUCGCUAUUGUCUACUGAGACCUGACUGGGAAUUUUAAGAUGGGGGAAGGAGAAGAUUGUUAUCUAAACAAAUAAUUAGGGUGAGGUGGUCAUCAUUCACGACCAGGGUGGCCACAUUUUAGAACUCUCAGUGCGGGGGUUACUCUUGUCUCCUAAGCUCCCCAAACGUGCAGGACUCUUGUUUUCAAAAAAAAAUGUGUCUAGAAGAAAGAGGUGGGGAGGCUGAGCUUCCGAGAACUCUGUGUGUUGGAAGAUAGCCCCGAGGGCUGGAGCGGAUUGGGCUGACUUUGAAUCACAGCAGCAGCACAAUAACUGACAUAUUUCUGGAAAAAUCAUUUGCCCAAAGGGCAGGUCUCGCCAAGACAUGGAACAUCUCUGCUAAGAAGCCGAAAGAAAUUGGUUUUCUUCUCGUUGCUGAAAUCCCUCUGUGUCUCUUCUCAUGGACAGGCUGGUCCAGUGGCUUUGGUGAGGGCACCUCCAUUUAUGAACACUGGGAUUCCUCUGGGUGGGCUUUGACAGGUGGCUCCUGCGGUAGGAAGGACGACGAGGUCCCUGGGAAGGAGCUGCCUACCCGCUGCUCCACGAGGAAGCUCAGGCUUGCACAGGCUCCACCAGGCCUUGGAUGCCCUCUGGUUGAGUCAGAGAGCGUGUGGACUUGCAGAAGGGGUGUGUUUAGUCUUCAUUGCCCUUUCUCAGCUGGUGAAUAGAGACCCUGGGCAUCUCACAGCCUUAGGAAUGUACUGCCCCUCCAUUGCUUUAGACUGCCUUGGGAAAGGGGACCCUGGAAAUGCACUGAGAUCUCCAAUUACUGCCUCCAUUGAUGUCUCUAGACCUGCAGAUACGACGCAAACCUGGGAUCACUUCUUCCAGGUGUGGGCACCAGAGAGGGAAGCCACUGCAACAUUUUAUCCCCAUCAUUCCAACAUGCUUGCUUGUCUCUUUUACCCCACACCCACAACUCCUUCUGAGACUCUUAGUCAUAAAAGAAUGACCAAGAGAGUUGGGCUCCAGCGAGAGAAAUGCCUAUGAAAGAGGGUUUCCCUUUUUGCUCCUUUGAAGGCCCUCCCCACUGAUCCUUGGAACCCAAUACCGCAUUGCCUCUUGUGGAUGAGUUUUUGCCUUGGUCUGCUUGGGUACUUCAGACCAGGACUGAGUCUGACACAGCUUUCAUGAAGUUACAGAAAAGGGCUACAGAUUUGGGAAGUUGUGUGUAAUGGUCUAGAGACAGUAUCUCCAUUUGGCUCACCCUGGUUUCUCUAAAAAGCAACGACAGCAACAGACAAACAAAAAGCUCCCGCCUCCCACCCCAUUAGCUGUCCUCCUCCUUACUGUGAUGUGGUUGCGGUCUCUGUCUGUAGGUGUGUGUGCCGCCUUGGCCCUCUGUCCUCUGGGGAUGUGCCCUUCCCACGUGUGUCAGGUUCCCACUCUUUCGUGACUCCUAACGUGAAGUGCUGUGAUGUUUCUGCCCUAAGGGACGUAUCAAGCUCUCUGUGUUUCAGUGUUGGAGAUUGAGGCUGUGCCACAUCUCCUGCCAUCCUAAGGGGACAUGCCGGUUCUGUUACUUCCCAGAGAGCUGCCAGAUUGUGACAGUCUCCAGGAGAACCUACAGAUUGGAAGCAGACCCGGGAAUCGCUCUUCAUUCAGAAGACUGGUGGCCCACAUGCCAGGACCGCCCCACCUCUCUUGCUGCCUUUUCUCCUGUCCUGACAGGGUUCUGGGAGGGAGACCUGUCGCUGAUGGGAUGAAGAAUGACGUGGGGAUCGAGCAGCCUUUGUCUUUGGGACCCCUCGAUAUCCCAUGGAACCCUCGCACGUUCUCAAAGACUGAGUCACAAGCCCCUACCCCUUCCUUGCUGUGGUUAGUAUCUUGUUCUGUGAUUGGUUAGCAAUGUUGACUACCCACGUAGUGAAUUAUUUAGAGAAUGUGUAAACAAAUAAAAGCCUUUAAAACUCUU